AGUCAUUCCAGCCUGAAAACAUUUCUCACGUUGGAACCUCGAUCUCUGAUUCUGCAGCGAGGCUCCCACUACUCACCUGCCCGAGAGCUGCGCUCUAGUCUCAGGCCCCUCCUCCUAGAGAAGCGCCCGGACUUAGGCCACACCCCCCUAUCUCGCGAGAUCCGAGAAGCGGAAAAAUGGCGCCGACGUGAGCGUGAGCCCGUGUCGCCGAGGAAGUCGCCCCUGCUGGAGCUAGGACCCCCGGAAGGCACGGGAACCAGAGGCGUAACCGAGUCGAGGAUGGAGGAACCAUCAUCCAGGCCCAGCGUGGACACGCUGGCCACGGUAGAAUCCAGCUCCAGUGAGCCGGACAAGGAGGUGACAUCCCCAGAUGUGGCAGCUACAGAGGAGCCGGGUCCUAACCCAACAGCCACGCCACCGGUGCGGGACCGUGGAGGACCUCUGCAGCAAAUUGCCUAUCCAGCUUCAGAGAGCUGCCAGGCUGGCUCAGCCAACACAGGCGUGGGGACCAAUGAGGACCUUCGGUUGCCCAGACGACGUCCACCACCAGGCAAACAAAUACCCUGCUCUAGCCCCGGCUGUUGCCUCAGUUUCCCCAGUGUUCGUGAUCUGGCACAGCAUCUCCGUACCCACUGCCCGCCCACACAGUCACUGGAAGGCAAAGUCUUCCGCUGCUCGGCGCUGAGCUGCACCGAGAGCUUCCCCAGCAUGCAGGAGCUGGUAGCCCACGGCAAGCUGCAUUACAAACCCAAUCGAUACUUCAAGUGUGAGAAUUGCCUGCUGCGCUUCCGCACUCACCGCUCGCUCUUCAAGCAUCUACACGUUUGUAUAGACCAUGGUCAGAGCCCAGCCCCGCCACCACCCCCUGCCCUGGACAAAGAGCCACCUGUACCCGAGCGCCCCCCAGAGUCCGACCCUGCAGCCUCCCUGGGCAUGCCAUUCCCACUACUCGAGCCUUUCACCUCUGCCCCCACUGGGCCCUUUCUUCCGUACUUGAACCCUGCACCCUUUGGCCUGAGCCCCCCUCGACUGCGCCCAUUCCUGGCUGCCACUCCAGGGCCACCCGCAUCCGGCGCUGGCGCUGCCGUCUGGAGGAAGAGUCAAGGUGCUACCAGUAGUCCCAGAAGACCUCAGGGUGGCUCCGAUGCGCCCUCAGGUGCAGGUGCGUGCAGGUGACCACCAGGGAAGGGUGGAGGGGCCUUCAUUCCUGUGCCCGGUGUGGGCCUUGUGAACGCUGGAAAGCAGCAGUGCCUGCCCCUUAAAAUACAUGGUUUUUACCUUUUAAA